AUGGAAAUUAUUUGGAUGAUAGCACAAAUCUCUACCAUUUUUAAUAAUUUGAAUAAUAUUGGUGGAACUAUAUCUUGCAAAGACUAUAACACUAUCAAUACUAUCAAGAAAAGUUUAAAUUCCAUAGAUAAUUUAAGAUUUUUUUUACAUACAGCGUCAGUAAAUUGGAAAAAAAAUCAAUUAAUCCGUCGAUACUACUUAAAUGAUGAUCAAGGAUUCAUAUCAUGUAUUUAUUGGAAAGGUAUUUAUUAUAUAACGGGUACUGAUUUGGUAAAAUGUUGUAUGUAUAGAAUGCAAAUUUUUGGUAGAAAUAUUAUUCAAAAAAAAAAAUUUGAAGAAGGAAUAUUUUCUGAUCUAAGAUCAUUAAAGAUCGGGGUGGAUGCUACUUUAGAACAACCUCGAUCUGAAUUUUUAAAUUUUUUAUUUAAAAAUACGUGUUUAAAGACUCAAAAGAAGCAAAAAGUAUUCUAUUGGUUUGCAGUGUUACAUGAUAAAUUGUUUUCUGACGCACUUGAAAGGGAUUUGAAAAGAGAAAAUUUAAAUCAACUUGCCACCACAGAAGCAGUAAACGAGCCUGCAUUAUCUUUUAAGUUUGAUAAUUCUUUAAAUCUUACAUUUAAUGAUCAAUUAAAUUAUUUUGAAAUUUAUUUAAGAAGAUUAGCCUCUUCUAUAAUAUUAGAUACUAUUGUCAAGCCAAAUGAUAAUGAUAAUACUAAUACUAAUCAAAAUAAUGGACCUAGCACGUCUGGAAUUCAUUAUCCAUUAAUUGGAGAUAUAUUCGAUUCCGGUGUGGAAACUUAUAUGGAUAAAGAUUUUUAUUCUAAUUAUAUUAAUAGUAAUAAUUCUCGUAGUAUUUCAUCAUUUGGAUACGUAAACACAAGUAACGCCACUACUAUUCUUUCUGCAGGUACUACGAAUUCGGAAAUACCGACUAAUGUGUAUAAGACAUCAGUUGCAAAUAAGAUAGUAUCUAAUUUGCCGUAUACCACCCAAUUCUAUAAUACUCAAGUGCCUGUUCCUCAUCAAAUAAAUAAGACCAAUAUUGAGAGGGAUAUGAAAGAAGCAUCAAGUAUGCAGUAUUGUGUAACACAAUUUGAACAAUCUGCUAGCAUCAUUUCACAACACAAUAUGCAUUGUAUGAAAAAAUGGGUUUCUAGAGAUGCUCAAUCAAAUAUAUCGAUGAAAAAUAUUCCUCAAGAGAAUUAUCCAGAUGAAUUCGAUUCACAAUCUAAUACACCUAUAAGUGACUUUAAUUCAUCACUCAUAUCGCCGCCACCACCACCGGCCUCUCAUACUAAUUAUAACGAAAGGAAAAAUCAUUACUCCCCAAUAAACGGAGAACAUCCAUAUCCAGAUCAUUUACCGAUCCAAAAUUAUAACAAUCAUUCUUCACCUCAUUUAAUUCAGUCACAAUUGCUUGGAAGUCAAGUUUCAGAAACUUUAAAUUCAUCUUCACCUAUCUCAGCUACAUGGCUCUAUUCAAACCCAGUCUCUUCCAUUGAACACCCUACUUCAACCUGUCACCUCCAAAAUUCAUCGAAUAAUUUGUCACAUUCAUCGAUUUAUUCUCAGCAUUUUUCGAAUGCAAAUUCAAUUCAUCAUACAACACCACAAGCCAAUUCACACAUCUAUAAUCCACAUUAUUAUCCACAAAUAAAUCAUUCCACAACUGAAAUGACUCAUCACCAGUCGGCUCGUUCCCCAACAACAGCUUCUAGCCUAAAUCCGAUCGAUGAUCAUAUGUACAGCACCCCACCAUGGUUGCUGAUACCAUCGGAAGCCAUGCAGCCGGAGACACCAUACCCUAAGAAACCUUCUUCCUCCACCUCGCCUGACUCUUCAAGCAAGAGCAACGAUCAUACGUCAAACGACAUGGACAUUACUACGUAA